AUGGCAGAUGUUGAAGGCCCUUAUAUGAACCAGGAACAGAAUCCAAAGAGAACGAAAAGCAAUCAGGAUGAAGCAAUAUUGAUAGACAGUGAUCUAGAUGACCAUCUUGACUUUUCAGAUGGUAGUGAUUCUGAUAUCUUACAACUUGAUGGGAGGACACAGGAUAUUGCACAUAACAGCAGCAAUGGUGAGGUUGUUGAAAGUGUCGAUAUUAGUAAUAGGAAUGAAAGAUAUGAUGAGCAUACCGAAACAGCUGUACAGAUAUCAAAUUCAGGUAAUGAUUCAGCUAAUAAUGAUGAUAUUACUAUAGUCAGGGAAAUAAAUAGGAGUCCUCGUCGAGAACGAAGAAAUGAAAGUGUUACAGAAUACGUUGAUUUGGAUCAUGAACCCGAAGAUGUUGAACCUAUAGGGACAUCUAAUUUAGAUGGAAGAAGCAGUGGUAGCAAUGUUAAUGAUAGAGAUCGUAAUAAUAGCAAUAUUGAUGACUUGAUAAUUAUAAGUGAACAGCACCCGCAACCAUCUGCAAAUUCCAUAUUUUUGACUAUUCCUGGGCGUCAAUUAAUGGAGCUGCAAGUUGCAAGCACAGAUAUUCCCACGAGAAGCUCUUUUGAAUAUCAAAAUGAUAGAAGGCCUGUAAGGUUAGGAAAUAGUGGUCGCCCUCGGAUAAAUAGGCAAUAUAUGCAGAAUUCAUUCAGUAGAGUACGGCGUCAACUUUUAGGUAUUCUAAGAGUGCGACAAAGUAAUCCAGAGAUUGACGAAAUCGCAAGAGAAAUUAGUUUAUAUCAUACAAAUAUUAGGAGUGCGUUUAUUCAUGCAAAUUCUUUCAAUGAAUUUAUGGCAAUUAUAGAAGUUGCGCCUAGAUUGGGGAUUACAGACGAUUUAGUUGAUUUGUAUUUAAGGUUGGAAGAUUUGAGGAAUCGUACACAUCAAGCUAAUAGUUUGUUUGUACCAGAUAUUGAUAAUAUUUCUUCUAAUUCAGAAACGACAAGAUAUGACGAAGGCUGGAAUCCUGUCACACAUCCAGUAACAAAUAGAUUUAUAGAAGAUAGUUUCCAUUCACCAAUGAUCCGUCGAAUUUUUGGGAACUAUGGUGGCAGGCACCAUCAAGACUAUGAUGAUGAUGACGAAGAAGGUAGAACACAAAGUAUAAUAACGAUGAUUCAGGAACGUGAAGAGGUAGAAAAGGAUUUAAGAACCAAAAAAUACUCUGAAAGUACUAAAGAGAAGCAAGAUGAGUUUGAAAGAAGGGCAACAGAAUUACCUGAUGGUUACAGUUCUUCAUUCAACACGGAACCAAAGGCAAAAGUCGAUAUGACAAAGAAUGGUGUCAAUGGAUCAGUCUCUGUUGUAGACGAUACUAUGGCUGAAGAUUGGGAAGAGAUUCCGAUUUGUUGUCUAUGUGGGGUUACGUUAAGUGAGGGCAUUCCAGAUGAAUUUCAAGGUAUGAGCAAUGAAGACCGUUUCCUUCCAUUUGAAGAAUUGAAAGAAAAAUAUGAUUCAUUCUGUCCAUAUCAAUGUCUGAUAAGGCCAUCUCAAUCUGAUCGUGAUUUCUCUAAAAGAGUUUAUGUAGCAAAUUGUGGGCAUACCUAUUGUGGUAGGUGUUAUCGUAGGAUACAGAAUUCGAAAGAAAAGAGUAAGUUACCAAAGUCCCAGUUAGCAAAAUUAAAAGGAGCAUGCCAUCCUGACAAUUAUGGACCUAAAAAAUGUCCAGUAACAAGUUGUAAUCGAUUACUGCGUAUAUCGAGAGGAGUUGCAUUCAGAGAAGCAUAUUUCUGA